AUGCUGUCUACCCUCAGAGUCGCCAGCCGUAAGGCUGCUUCGCGUGACGCUAACUUGCGCACCGUCGUCGUUGGUGCCAGACAUGCCUCGGCCUGGUCCAACGUCCCUCAGGGUCCUCCGGAUGCUAUCCUGGGUAUCACCGAGGCUUUCAAGGCCGAUUCUUUCAAGGAGAAGAUCAACCUGGGUGUUGGCGCUUACCGUGAUGACAAGGGCAAGCCGUACGUUCUGCCCUCCGUUCGCGCCGCAGAGGACAAGGUUGUCGCCUCCCGCUUUGACAAGGAGUACGCUGGUAUCACCGGUGUCCCUUCUUUCACCAAGGCCGCUGCUGAGCUGGCCUAUGGCAAGGACUCCCCUGCCAUCAAGGAGGACCGCCUCGUCAUCACCCAGUCCAUCUCUGGUACCGGUGCCCUGAGAAUCGGCGGUGCUUUCCUGCAGCGCUUCUAUCCCCACGCGAAGAAGAUCUACCUCCCUAACCCUAGCUGGGCCAACCACAACGCUGUCUUCAAGGACUCCGGCUUGGAGGUUGAGAAGUACCGUUACUACAACAAGGACACCAUUGGUCUUGACUUCGAGGGUCUGAUUGCCGACAUCAAGGCCGCCCCUGAGAACAGCAUCAUCCUUCUCCACGCUUGCGCCCACAACCCCACCGGUGUCGAUCCCACCCAGGAGCAGUGGCGCCAGAUCAGCGAUGUGAUGAAGCAGAAGGGCCACUUUGCCUUCUUCGAUAUGGCCUAUCAGGGCUUCGCCAGCGGCAAUGCUGACAAGGAUGCUUUCGCCCCCAGGCAUUUCGGUCUCUAUGGUGAGCGUGUCGGUGCUUUCUCCCUUGUGUGUGAGAACGCCGAAGAGAAGAAGCGUGUGGACUCUCAGGUCAAGAUUCUCAUCCGCCCCUUCUACUCGAACCCCCCUAUCCACGGUGCCCGUGUUGCCUCCACCAUCAUGAACGACCCUGAGCUCAACCAGCAGUGGUUGGGAGAGGUCAAGGGCAUGGCCGACCGCAUCAUUGAGAUGCGCUCCCUGCUCCGGAAAAACCUGGAGGAGCUGGGCAGCAAGCACGACUGGUCCCACAUCACCAGCCAGAUUGGUAUGUUUGCCUACACUGGUCUCAAGCCCGAGCAGAUGGACGCUCUUGCCAAGGAGCACUCCGUCUACGCCACCAAGGAUGGCCGUAUCUCCGUUGCCGGUAUCACCUCUGACAAUGUCAAGAGACUUGCCGAGUCUAUCUUCAAGGUGACCGGUUAA